AUGCCAAAAUAUAAUGAUGGUAGUGUGAAAAAUAUUGAAUGUAAUGAUCCAAAUCUUAUAACUCGUAAAUGUCAUUCAACGGUGAUUACCUGUAUUGGUAAUCGUAUGACACAAUUACGACAAAUUUUUCAACAAAUUUACCCGAAAAAUAAUAAUCGAAAAUUUGAAUGGUUCUAUAUGAUCGAUCAGGAACUGGAAUCAUUGGAAAAUUAUUUAUUUGCAAAUAUUUAUUUUGAAAAUAUUUAUCUACAAAAUUGUCCAAAAUUAUUAUAUCUGGAUGAAUAUACGUUUGGUAAUCAAAGUGAACAAUUAUAUUCAGUACAAAAUAUCUAUCUAAAUACAACAAAUUUAAGUGAUCAAAUACGAUUGAAACGAAAAACAUUUAAAGCAUUAAGUUUGUUAAAAAAUCUAAAUGUUUUAGAAUUUCAAUCACAUUCAAUACGAACAUUACCAUUCAAAGCAUUCAAUAAAUUUACAAAUGUACGAAUCAUACGAUUCUAUAAUCCAGAAAAACGUGGCCAAUUACGACGAAUCAAUUCAAAAGUAUUUUAUCGUGCAACAAAUUUACAAGAAAUUGAUUUGAAAAAUAAUCAAAUCAAUCAUAUUAGUUCAUAUGCAUUUCAAUUUCAACGACAAUCAAGACAUGAAUUACGAAUUUAUCUAAGUGGAAAUGAAUUACAUUCGAAUAGUUUUGAACCGAAUGCAUUCGAUGGUGGUAAUGGUCGUAAGAUUAUAUUAUAUCUUGGUGAUUAUGGUUAUUGUAAUUUAAUGUUACAAACAUUAAAACAAAAUGUAUUUGAAACAUUUUUACAAGAAAAUAAUGAAAAUAUUAUCGAUAUGUAUGGAUGUCCAUUGAUUUGUGAUCAACAAAUGAAUUGGUUUCUUACCGGUAAUGGUUUGAUUAGAUAUCGUAAUCAGAUACGAAAUUUUAUCUGCUAUAAUAAAACUGAUUUAAUCGAUACAGAUCGUUAUGAAUAUUAUCAUGUUCAUCAAUGAUGAAUAUUAAAUGUUUUAUCUUCUUCUUUUUAGUAAUUUUGAUUUAUUUCAAUAGAAA